GAAUAUGAAACGAAUUCAGCAAUCCUCCGCUCUACUGUUGCUCGGGCAAAGGCCGGCACAAUGAGGAUGCUUCGCAUUGAGCUGCUACUUAUUGCCUUUCUGACCUACAACGUGCACCCUUUGCAAGCAAACAGUGCGUACAGAUAUGUCAUAAACAGUGGUGCUCUCUCUGGAAAUGGAAUCGAAGAUGAGCUUAUGGCUCCGAGUAGUGAAGACAGUUUGCAACGUCAAAUACCAUUUGUGAACGGAAAAGACAUCGCCGAGGAAUACGAUGCAAGGAACUUAAAGGAAGGAGAAGAGGGCGACAGCUACAGCUUUCGUGUCAGAGAGAGAAGGCAAUACGGGAGUGCCGAAGGCGGUCCUUUUGUUGGUGUCUCUGUUUUCUUCGUUAUGCCUCGCCGAGAACUUGAAGAGUACCGUAUGUCGUGGAGAGAACAGCAAGAGAUAGAAGCUCGAGCGAUCAAGAGAUAUUUAGGUAACCUCUUUAGAAAAGCAGGCCAGGGUAGGUCGGGCGUAGCAUCGCACUCUGCUACAACAAGUGAACAUUUGGGGUCUGGGGAUGAGUUUGGCGAAGAUUAUGUUAGGCAAGGGGGUGACGAACCCCGCAGACGCGAAGACGAAGAUGUACAAGGAACACGUUUAUCACAGUUACUAAGGAAGGCCGCUCGGCAGCAUGGAUUCGCAGACUUCUAUGUCACUGGCGCUCAAGAAGAUAAAUCUGGUCUACUAAGAAUUAUUUUAGGUCUGUUGAGGCGGAGAGGUGGGCAUACUCACAGAAUGAAAGGUUUCAGCGAAGUUCGCAGCAUUCCUGGGCGUCUACCUGAGUAUACUAGAGACUAUUUAGGCCAUGUAUUCAGCCUUCGAGCAAAUGGUGGUGGGCGAAGCGAUGCAGAUAUUGAGAUCAUCAGGGACGGCAGUCGUCUAGGCAAUCUACACAACCUCUUCGAAGGAUCGCCCGAUGAAGAACAACUUAUGCCAUCAAGGCUUAACUUAAGAUCCGGUGAUAUAGGUGAUGUGAGUGAUUCAAGAAGUUCCAUCGCAAGAUUAUUGUCGCUUUUAGAAAGACCCCGAAGAUACUAUGAACCGAGGUCACAUCGUUCUCCAAUUUUGUACCGUUACCGAAGUUUUCCGCACAAGAGUUCAAUUCAACAACGCGGGCGAACAGUAGACAGUGCAAUUAGCCGUUAUUGGAGAUAUGAACCACGGUUAUUUGUCCGAGAAGAACUCCUUUACGACAUGGGAAAACUUCGAGACGGCAACGUGUAUGGAAUCUACGGCAAGGAAUUCAGACUACCAACCACUCAAUUAGGAAGGGCUAGAUGGAAAUUUUAUGUGUAUGAAGGACAACCAGGAGGUACAAACAACGGAGGCAUUAUCGCAUAUAGUCGAGGCUAUGAUAGAAACAGAUACUCGAUAGGGAAUAGGGCUAGCGUACGGAAUCGGUUAUUGCGAGAUAGCUUUCAUGAUGAAAGUUCUUUGAACGAAAGUUAGGACAUCGUAAUGAGUGCCGUAUGCCACGCAGAAGAGAUAUAUGGCGUGAUUCGCUGCCGUUUCUUGUUUAUUAGGAAGACUCACUGCGGGGGACGUGAGAAAUAAAGCACUACUGCAGAAAAACUUACAUUCGAGAAUCCUUCAAAUGAUGCAUUCUGUAUGGAUGCACAUAGACACCCCAUAAUUAACGAUUUCAUGUUCUACGCAGCUGUAAAAGAGAGUAUUACUUGUUUGCCCUUUCAGCACUGAUAAAGCCCCACCUGCAGCGGGUGGACUAGCGGGGCAUCAGAUGCAAUAUUUGCCAAUGAUUGAUCUGUUGGACAGAAAAAUUCCCGCAGAGUAAAAAAAGAAAGUUAGCGUAGCUUGCACUGGAGUCGCAAUGCUAAAGAGAGAGCGUAGUUGAUGGGCACCUAUGUAGUCCUGGCUGUUGUUGUUUUGCUAAGUUGUGCAAAUUUUCUCUUUCUUUCUUCCUCUAUUUCUUUCUUCCUCUCUCUUUUCUUCGAUUCCCUUUUUUCUCUGUUUAUUUCUACUUAUUUGUCUGUCUCUCUCUUUCUAUGUCUUUAUCUCUCUUGCUCAUUUUAAAUUUCUUCCUCUUUCAUCCCUUUCUUUCCCUCUCUCUCUCUAUGUCUCGCUUGCUGCCUCCAUCUUUCUUUCCUCUAUCUACCUCUCACUCUAUUUCUUUCUCUCUCUAUCUUUGAUUCUCUCUCUCUUUUCUCUUUCAACGUUUCUUUCGAUUUCUGUCUUUCUGAUUGUUCCUAUGCUAUGCUUUACUCUCUUCCCUUCUGCUUUCCAUCGUCUUCACCGUGACAUCGCUCCUCCCCGCGCUCUCUUCCCUUUCCCACCCUCUUGCUUGUUGCUACACUGUGCUCAGGGCUCCGUGUUUUCGGAUAAAUCCGAAAAAAA